AUGCCAGUUCAUUCGAUGAUUUUGGCCAUUGCCGGCACUGCCUCGGCCAUCUUUUUGGGCUAUUGCGUUUAUUACGAUCACAAGCGUCGCAUGGAUCCGGAAUAUCGACGCAAAUUGCACGAGCGGCGUGAACGUGACCAGGCGCAAUUGAAGAAACAGUUGCUUCACGAUGAGGCAAAAAAAGCAGCAGCCAUGGACGCCGACUCGUGGUCUCCAUGUGAAUGCGGCUGUGGUAAGAGAAUGGGCGGCAAGCCCGAUUUGAGUGAUCAAGCGGCAAUGGAACGUUAUCUGUUCCAUGAAAUCAAAUUGGGUGAAUAUCUUAUUAUCCGUGGACGUUUGGAUGAGGGUCUAACCCAUAUGGCGAAUGCGAUUGAAUUGUGUGGCCAACCGGAUGUAUUGCUACAAAUGAUGGAGGCCACUCUGCCCGAUCAUAUAUUCCGGCCAUUGAUACAGAAACUGCAGGAGCAUGCACAACUGAAUGAUAGUUCCGAGAUCAGUGAACCAUCAUCAUCGCUAUCCAUUGACGGAAACUUCAACCGACCAUCAAGUGACACUUCUUUGCCUAUUCCUCUAUUGCAUAGCCUUUAA